CAAGAGAGGAGGACGUGCGCGCUCUUUCGUCCUCACCGCUCCGAGCCAGACCGCGUAGAGGGAGAGAGAGAGAAAGAGAGAGCGUUAGAAAAUAAAAAAAAUAUAUAUAAAGAGGAAGAAGAAGAAGGAAAAAAGAAUUAUAUAUAUAUUCCAAUUGUUCCUCAUCACAGAUAUUUAAACAGACUGUCAGGGAUCUGAGUAUACAUCCAUAUUAAAGAUAAUAAUCAAAGAGAGUUAAUAAUAAUAAAAAAUAAUAAUAUCGAUAUCGAACGGAGUGCAUAAGACGAAUAAGAAUGCCAUGGGAAACAGAAACGAGAUCUGGGAGUUACGAUUCGACUCGGAAAGGCCUUGUGAGUUAGUGCAUCUCAUGGGAGUCGUCAAAACAGUAGUCCGCGGUAGCCUAAGGAGCUGGCAUUAGCCUGAAGGAACAUCAAGGCAGGGCCAUGCACACCAGCACGGAGUUCUUGCUGGCUCUCUGGACUCUUGCUGUUGUGGAAGGACUGCGAGUGACGGAGGUGGUGGUACCGCCCUUCCUGGUGAUCGGUCAGAGGGCGAGACUCCGCUGCCACUUCGCUCUCGAGGGCGAGGUCCUCUACUCCUUGAAGUGGUGGAAGGACGGGAGCCAGUUCUACCAGUUCAUCCCGAGGAACGACCCGAAGAUGGUGGUUUUCAGCGUCGCCGGGGUCACGGUCAAUGUAGAAAAUUCAAACCUACACGAAGUAGAACUAGUGGAUGUUCAGACGUCAUCCAGUGGCCAAUACAGGUGUGAAGUGGUGGCAGAGGCGCCCACUUUCAACACCCACGUCCUCUCUGCCAACAUGACCAUUAUAGACGUUCCCGACGGCCCCCCCGUCGUCCGAGGCCUGGCGGAGACCUACCGGGAGGGGGACAUCAUUCGCCUCAACUGCACGUCCUACAGGUCCCGCCCCCCCCCGCGCCUCUCGUGGGAGGUCGAGAGGAAGUUCCCCCACCCGGCGGGGGGGUACACCAAGGAGUUUACUAAGGUGGCCGGGUCGCAGGUCAUCAGGUAUCGACCCGUGGCGAACCGACCCGACGUCGUGGGUCCUCCCCCCUCCUCCCCCUCCCUCCCGCGCCACCCCACCUACACGGUCACCCUCGGCCUGGUCAUGGAGGCGCACCGGAGGACGUCAUCGAGGGGCCUCUUUAAGCUUAGGUGUCGCUCCAUGGUCUAUAAGUACGAGUGGGCAACCGAGGUGACUGUGCAGGUGGAGACCAGCCCAGUAGUGGAACCUCAUCACCUGCCGACUCUACUCAACACAGGUGCUGCCAUUAAAGCGUCUUCGAACAAAAUGCAAGGCUGCGUUUGGCUCAUAAUAUUAACCGUGAUUUUCUCCUGUUUCGUACAACUUCGCAAACCUUGACCUUAACUGUGACCCAACAUGCACAAAUAAAUAAAAAAAAAAGGAAAAAAAAGAAAAAAAAAAAGAUAUUGAUAUAUAUAUAUAUUUGGACUAAUAGACUAUUUACUUAGGUAUAUGAAUUAAUAUGAAUGUUGAUCUUGAUAUGGAGAAUAAUGAAGAUAAUAAUGAUAAGAAUUGUCGAUAUGUUUCUUUCGUGUUCUUAAGAAAGUGGAAUGCUAUCUUUGCCAAAUUUUUAUGUACGUACGAUUCUUUUGUGUGUCAGAAUUAUCUGUCUUUGGUAACGAUUUGUCACCGACCAGCUGUUUCCUAUCUUGUUUCAUUGUCAAUACUGAUA